GGUCCGCCUCGCUGUUCCUAGUCAGUCACUCUCGCUCUUACGAUACAUACACACUCACGCUCACGCUCCCACGAUGGGCUUCAAGGUUCACGUGGCUUUCCUUCUUUUCGCGGCGUUCCUCGGGGCCUCGGCUUACGAUCGCCUGGAGCAAGGGGACUGUCCGAAUGAGUUCCUGUCGUAUCCUGGGGGCCGGUGUCUGCACGUGUCCACCGCCUACGUGAGCGGGGACCCCAAGGUGUACCAGUGGGAGCCAGCGCGGGAGGCGUGUCUCAACAUGACCACGGAGGGCUGGACCGUCGACCUCGCCUUCUCCCUGGACGAGGAAGUGAUGCAGCGGUUCAGCGAGUUCAUCGUCAACGAAGUGCCAAGCAUGAAGUACUACGUGUUCUUCGUGGGCGCCGAGAGAGACACGCCAUCGGGCCAUUGGGAGUGGGUGGACGGCCAGCUUGUUGACCCUCUCUCCUACGUGUGGAACAUCAACCAACCCUCCAGCAGUCAGGACGCCUACGUGAAGACGAUGCUGGUCCCCUCCGGCGCCCACAACCGCUUUUACAUGAUUGCGAUCAGGGCGGUUGAGAGAGGCCCUUCCUUCCUCUGUGAGGCCGCCCCCAAGUGUGACUAGAGUCGUCUGCAACGUUGCCAGAUUGUCGUACUCUGCCUCUUAAGUUUGCCGAUUUCCGACCCAAAAACUGCCUUCAUAUAUGGUUAUCGUUUAAAUGGUUAACUAUUGGUGCUUCUUGGCAACAGUUAUGGGCCAGAAACCGGUAAAUACGCGGCUCUGAGUACGAUAAUCUGGCAACGGUGGUCCUCUGUGGCAUCUGAAACUAGCAUAAUGUAGCCUAACCUAACCUAAACUAGUCUAAUAAAACCUAAGCUAACCUAAACUAGCCUAUCCAGACCAAACCUAACCUUACCUAAACUAGCCUAACCAGACCUAACCUUAUCUAAACUAGCCUAACAAGACCUAACCUAACCUUACCUAAACUAGCCUAACCAGACCUAACCUAACCUUACCUAAACUAGCCUAACCAGACCUAACCUAAACUAGCCUAACCAGACCUAACCCAACCUUACCUAAACUAGCCUAACCAGACCUAACCUAACCUUACCUAAACUAGCCUAACCAGACCUAACCUAACCUUACCUAAACUAGCCUAACCAGACCUAACCUAACCUUAGAUGAAUAAAGUCUACUACCACCUGC